UUUAACUUAAGGGGAGCAUCAGAAAUUGGAAGAAGGAAAAUGUUGACCUUCAAAGUCCUUAGUGGUGGGAAAAAAAUUGAAAUGGAAAGAAAAUGUAAUCUUUAGGAUUCUUAACCGGAUUGAGGAAAUGAAGCAUGAAGAGUCUGCACAUUCCAGCUUUUUAUUUUACUUUUUUCCUGUUAUCAUUUGGUUAAAAAUUGUUUUCAGGACAAAUAUUUGUGAUCUUUUACAGGUUUCUGAAAUUUACAGAAGAAUUAAGAUGAAGUACAAGUAGUUGUAGGGAAGAUGAUGAUAAGUCUAAGAAACUUCUUUGUUUCUGCACAGGAUUUACAAAUACUUUCUGGAGAAGCAUGAAAAAUAUUAUUUUAGUGAGUUGUUUACUCAGUCCCAUCAUUCCUAUUGGUCCAGCAACAACUUUAAGGGAGUUGUGGACAGAUCUCAUUGAACACCUAAAAAAGGAAAGUCAUAAUUUGGACAUAGACAUGUAUUAUCAAGUAACAAUUUAAUGAAACAUUUUAGCAAGAUUUAUGAUUCAACAUUGUUCUGACUCUUGUAAUAGUCUCACAGGCAAAGUGAAAGUGAAACUUUUUUUCUUUUUAAAAAUUUCUUGAAGACAUUUGCAAGAAAACUAACAACACCAUAUUCCCGCAUAAAAUGAACAGUAAAAGAGUGUGAAAUGCAAUUUGAUGCAAUGAAGAUGAGUAGCUCAAAGGAUUGUAGCAAGCAAGAGAAGCCAGUAUUGUCUUUUUCCAUUGAAGAGAUCUUAAAAAAGACAUCCACUGAGGUUUGCCUACAUAAGACCGUGAUCUGCAGAAACCCAACCGAGUCUGCUCAGAUUCUGAGAUCAGAGCCGCUUGGGAAAAUAUGUAAGGAUAACAAAAAAGGGAAACGUAGGAUCAGGACCACGUUUACAGCAGAUCAACUCCAGGAACUAGAGCAAAUCUUCCAAGUGACACACUAUCCAGAUGUCAACACCCGCAAUCAAUUGGCAGCAAAGAUCAAUCUUCCAGAAACCAGGGUCCAAAUCUGGUUCCAGAACCAAAGGGCAAAGUGGAGGAAGCAUGAAAGGUUUGGCAAUUUUGGUGGACUGCAACAUCUAACUGAAGUUAAUUACGUUCCUGCUCCAAACCCGGAUACGACAGGUCCUUGUCUGAUGUCCAGCAAUAUUUUUGGAAUGGGUGUCCACACAUGGCAUUAUCCACCAGAACAAAGAUAUUCUAUAUCUGCCUGCCUACCAAAUAUACAGCCAUGUAGUCCUCUGAACAUGGACCCCAUGGUGUUCUCAAAACCUUAUCUGCUCCUGGAUUGCCUCCCUCCAUAUAGUCUCUCCCCUCUGUCACUGAAAACGCGGAGACACAUCAGUGCCAAUUUUACAUAGAAGAUGACUCUGCACAGCUUAGAGGAGCAAGACUAUGGUUGUCUGAAGAACAUGUUUUUCUUCAUCAAUCCUAUACAACACAAAGUCUAUCUGAUUUAUAUUGGUGACAUUUGCUGGAUUCUGAUCACCCCUCUUCCCCUAAAUGCCCAUGUUGCUCCAUGAACCUUGUUAGGUCUUCAUGAGUUGUUCAGUAUCUCUGUGUCUAACCUACCUCACUGGCAUGUUGUUAGGAUGCAAGAGAAUGAAGCCAUGCCCAUCACCUGAACCUCCUUGGUAUAUGGAUGAGAUAACGCAGUGAAUUGCCUAUGAUGAUUCUAUAAUUGUAUUGCUGAAGACGUCAAGCUUUAUAUGAUUCCAAAACAGAAGGCUGGCAAU